GCAAGCCGGCACUGGCACCCCUCCUUCUCUGGCAACUCUAAUGUGUGUUUCUGUGUCUUUCUACAAGCCGGCCCUGAUAGCUUGUGUCAUUCUCUCUGACUCCAAAGUUGGACUCUGGCCGGCACUAGCUCUCUUCUCUGUGAUAUAAUCUCUCUGUUCCAUUUUUAAGUGUCGCAUUGAAAUAUUAUUGUCCACAUUGAUUUAACUCUAUCGCGUGAGGAAAGCCAUAUUGGUUUAUAACGAACAGUAAUUUUAGAACGGAUGGAGUAUGUGCCAAUGAAUAUAAAGACGAGCAGCAAAGUGGGUUUUGACUAAUGAGUGAGAGGUUGUACGUGAAAAGGCAUGUCCCUCAGCCAAAGUUAAAGUUCUAAUUAUUAUCAUUUCUCUAAUAUUUUAAUCCUUAAGAAAUUUACAGAAAAUAAUCCUAAUAGUUUUAGUAAAUUUUCUUCCUCCAUUAAGUUCUCUAGCUCAUGAAGUAAUUUCUGUAAAUUUUCAGGACCACCAAUUAUCUCUAGUUAAUUUAUUGAUUUUUCAAGGAAAUAAGGGCUCAAAACCCAAAAAUUAGCAUUUAAAUCAUUUAGGCCUUCUCAGAUGAAAUAGACUUGGAUGACAUUCUAAAUCUCCAAAAUAGUAAUUCCGUGAUUUUCUCUCACUUUUUACAAUCCUCGAAUAAUUUCAACAUAUAUUCUGUCCAUUACCUUGUUCCUAGAAACAAGUACAUCUUUGGGACGGUCUUAAAAGGAAAGUAGAAAAGUCUUUUUGGAAAAGAGGGAAUAGAAGCUUUCGAAGCGUGUGGUUAAUAAUUUUUUUUAUUCAAUUUCAACAUAAGAGGUUUGGUCAGACAUAAUUAUAUCCUUUCAUUUCUUCUUCUAGCUAAUAUUCUUAUUCCAAUGUAAACGUUUUUAUUAUGUUUUCACAAAUUCUGAGAUUCACUUGUGUUAUUCUCAUUAUUAUUGUUAUCUAUUUAAUACUUCUGAAGAUCAACCCCUAUCAAUAAAAGUUUUGGUCCUGGUGAUGCUUGUGCACAGAGUUCAAGCUAAAGAUGGUCCUUUCCAUUUCUUCUCAUCUUCUACCAAAGUUCAUGUGGAAAACAUACUCCACAAUAAAAAAAGGGAAAAUAUUAUUGUCACACCUUUGUCAUAUUAUCAGAUUGAGUUGAGAAGUCUUUCAUGUUUCAAAACAAAGUAAUGCUUUCAGAAUCUUCUUUGUUGUGCCCUAGCAUAACCUAGAUUCUGGUAACAGACCUUAGUAUGAUGCAUAUAAAUUAGAUGUUGUGCACACGGGUUCUAAGUAUCUUUGCCCAUGCAUCAUCAGGACUUAGAACAUGUUUACUGUAAUCAAUAAUCAGACUACUUUAUAGUUUAUUCUAUCAUUCUAUGACAGUUAUAUGUUUACGUUGCUAAACCUUUAUCAAAAGCUCAUUGUAUCAAUGUCAUGUUCUGCCCUGAAAUUCUGGAGAUGUGCUAACUCUUGAAUAGUUGCUGUUAAAAGGUUGAAAAGGGAGCUACUGUAUAUCUAAGUGGGCUAAGAGAGAAGCAUUUUGGAGAACUUUUCUUGAAUGCAUCUACUCUUCUUGGAGGUCCAUUGUCAGCCAGAGGAUCUUGUUUCUCAAAAGAUGCAUAUCCAGUUCCACGUGGACAUUUAGUAGAAAGUAAUUUAGUUGGUUGGAAACUGAAUGAGUUUUGGAAUGCUGAGAAUACUUAUGUAAGAAGAAACGAAGUGAUGCAAUCUACCUAUGAAGAAGGUCUUGAUCACAUUGCAAGAUAUGUAGAAUCCUUUGAGUCUCGAUCUAAUGAUAUAUGGCUUGUGUUCCAGCAUGAAGGAGUAUCUUUGUCAAAGAUUUUGUAUACAGCAGAAGAAGUAGUAAGUAGUUCAGAAGGAAUGGGAAAUGAACAAGUGAAGAAUGUUCAGAUAUUACAUCCAUCCAAGUGGUGGCACUGGUUGAAGACAACAGAAGCAGGGCAAGAGGAAAUGCGCAUCCUUAUAUGGCAAUUGCUUAUUGCACUCAAGUCUUGUCAUGAUCGGAAUAUCACACAUAGAGAUAUUAAACCUGAGAAUAUGGUUAUUUGCUUCGAAGAUCAGGAUUCUGGGAGAUGCUUGAAAGGAUAUCCAAGUGGAGAUCAUAAUUAUACCACAAAAAUGCGCAUUAUUGACUUUGGCAGUGCGCUGGAUGACUUCACAUUGAAGCACCUAUAUGGGUCCCUUGGACCGUCAAGGGCUGAGCAAACUGGUGAAUACACUCCACCUGAAGCCUUUCUUAAUGCCAGCUGGUACCAAGGGCCAACUACAACAAAUCUAAAGUACGAUAUGUGGAGUGUUGGGGUUGUGAUGCUGGAACUAAUACUUGGGUCACCUAAUGUGUUCCACAUAAGUUCUAGGACGCGUGCUCUUUUGGAUCAACACCUAGAAGGUUGGAGUGAAAGCUUAAAGGAGCUCGCCUUUAAACUGAGAUCAUUCAUGGAAUUGUGUAUCCUGAUCCCUGGGAGUUCUUCAAAGGCUCGUCACUCUAGGGCUACAAAUGACCCUGGCUCUAUUUCGCCGGCUCCAUGGAAAUGUUCUGAAGAGUUCUUCUUGCAUCAAAUUAGAAACAGAGAUCCUCUAAAAAUCGGAUUUCCAAACAUAUGGGCGUUGCGAUUGGUGCGCCAACUGCUGCGUUGGGAUCCUGAGGAUCGCCCCAGUGUGGAUGAAGCUCUGAAGCAUCCAUAUUUCUCAAAACAUGCCCAGAAUUGAGCUGCUGCUCCUGGAAAGGUUCAAAAGUUCCUUUGCAAUAUGAAUCUGUAAUGUUAAUAGCAAUUAGUGGUUGUCAAUUAACAAUAUAUAACUCAGAGCAAAAAAAAAAUCAUAUAGCUUGUUUAUGCCUUUCAAAGGAAGAAUUAUGUUAUUGUGGUCCUAAGCUCCACAUUCU